UGAUGAUAAUAAUGUGUUGAUCCACCAAGUCAAUUGAUAGGAAAAAAAUACAGAAAAAACUUAAGUGGGCAGCCUCCAAAAUAAAUUGCAUUUGAAGCAAGUGAAUGGACCAACAACUUAUAAGGAAGAAGAAAUGGUAUACCAAUAGAUUGUUCAAGACUUCAGAUGGAUGUUCCUAUGUUUUUCUUGCUUAUAAUUCUCUUCCCCAUCAUUUCUGUACCAAUCAGCAAAGCAGCAACUGUUGAUCACCAGGACUGCCCCAUUUCACACUGUAGCAAUGCUGGUCCUGUUAUCAAGUUUCCAUUCCGUCUACAACACGAUCCCCUUCACUGUGGACACCCAGACUUUGAGGUAUCUUGCAGCAGCUUCGACAAUAAGACCAUGAUGAAGCUCUCCUCCUCAUCAGGACUCUUUAUCAUACAUGGUAUCGAUUACCUCUGGAGAAGGUUCAGUGUCUACGAUGCAGAUGGUUGCCUCCCAAAACGUCUGCUUAAUUUUACUAUCGCCAGUUCGCUCAUUCAGCCACCAUCUGAUACUACAGUCCAGACUGAUUGCAACUUUUCUUAUGCUUAUGAAGAGCUAUAUAACUUUACAUUAUUAAAUUGUUCCACCACACAAAAUUUUAGCAGAGGGAGUAACUACUAUAUGCCAAUCAGAUGUCUCAGUGUCCCUGGUCAUCACCAAGUUCUGGCUUUUCGAUCCUCAGCUUCAAUAGGUGACUUGCCGUUCCCAGCGUCGGCUUGCAGUACUUUGAAACCAAAUUUCUAUGUUCCAGUACAAAGAGUCUCUGGUACCAGUGAACAGUGUGAACUGGACAGUGUAUUAUUGCUAGAAUGGGAGCCAUUGCCAGAUUUCCAAGUCCCAGCAUGCCAAAACUGUACAGCAGAAAGAGAGAGUUGCCAAUUCAAUUACACAAGAAAUCAGAUGGAGUGUUAUGAUUAUCCCAUCUCUCAGAAUCUCCCAAGAAAGCGAAAAGGUUCAGGUACUAGGUCAAUUGCCAUAGGGGUGACUGGAGGUUGUUUUCUUCUCAUAUCCGCAGCGGUAGUAGCCAUCUUCUAUUACAUGAGACAAUCAAAGAGAAUUGAGCAGAAGAAGAAUCAAAUCAAUAUUGAAAAGUUCUUGGAUGAUCACAAGUCCCAUGUACCAACAAGAUACUCCUAUGCUGAUAUAAAGAAGAUGACAAAUGGGUUCAAGAGGAAGUUAGGUGAAGGAGGUUUUGGAAGUGUUUUCAGAGGAAAGCUUCCGAGCAAUGGAGUUUUGGUCGCCGUAAAAGUCCUCAAGGAUUCUAAAGGAAAUGGAGAAGAUUUUGUUAACGAAGUAGGAACCAUUGGCAGAAUUCACCAUGUCAAUGUGGUUCGCCUACUUGGAUUUUCUGCUGAAGGAGGGAAGCGUGCUCUUAUUUAUGAGCUCAUGCCAAACAGCUCCCUAGAGAAGUUUAUAUCUUCUGCACGCUUCAACAAUACUCCAUUUGAUUGGGAGAAACUUUGCAACAUCAUCAUCGGUAUAGCAAAGGGAAUUGAGUAUCUACACCAAGGGUGCGACCAAAGGAUCCUCCAUUUUGAUAUCAAGCCUCAUAAUAUCUUGUUAGACCAUGACUUCAAUCCAAAAAUCUCGGAUUUUGGUCUCGCUAAACUCUACUCCAAGGAAGAGAGUAUGAUAUCUAUGACUGCUGCCAGAGGCACUGUAGGCUACAUUGCCCCGGAAGUGUUCAAUGGAAACUUUGGAACCGUCUCCUACAAAUCGGAUGUCUAUAGUUUUGGGAUGCUAGUGCUAGAAAUCAUUGGAGCUAGAAAGGAAUCUGCUUUUACAUCUAACAACAGCCAGGUGUAUUUUCCUGAAUUGAUCUAUGAGUGUCUAAAUCAAGGGGAGAAACUGGAUUUAGAGCUAGGUGACGAUGGAGAUGCUCAGAUUGCUAAGCGACUAGCGAUUGUUGCACUUUGGUGUAUUCAGUGGUACCCGGUCAAUCGACCUUCGAUGAAAGGGGUUGUGAGAAUGCUAGAAGGAGCAUCUGGAAGUUUAAUGAUGCCGCCCAAUCCGUUUGCUUCCACAACUAAAGCGGAACCAACAACAGCACUUCCAACUUAAUUUGCCCACAUUGUAGAGCAAUUGAUUUCAGUAAUGUUAUUCUUCUACAUGUCUGUAAGACCAAUAAACAUGACAUCUAAAUUUCUAAUACAGAAAUUUGGAAAGGGCACUUCUCCAUUGAUGUUUUAAAUCAAAUUUUUUGUUGCAAA